AUGAGUAGCUUUGCAAGACGCAAUGAAGGAAAUGAGGCUUAUCUGAUGAAUCAUCAAAUGGCAGUGCCUGGCUAUGGUCAGCCAGAGGGCCAUGACUUCAAACAAGAAAGCCAUGACUUCAACACACAUGGAUCGGGUUCAUAUCAUUUCCCUCAGCAUUCCUUCAAUCCCUACGGGUCUCAAUUCGGGCAGCCCUAUGGCCCACAGUCGAGUCUGUCUCCGGGGUUGCAGCAUUUGCAGUAUACGUCGGAACAUUCAAUUCCAUCGAUGACAACGCCUGAUGACCCUAGGUUACACCAUCCGCCGCAGUUCAUGUCCCAAUCACGCUACUUUCAAGGGCCAAGAUAUCUCCCCCGCGACCCGCUGGGUGAAACGGAGAUUGAAAAUCAGGAGUCUCACAACGAGGCUACAUUGCUAUCAGAGGCUGUAGUGCCGGCCUUGAGCGGGUUCCCUGAUGUGAAGGAAUUUGAUCAAUUGAUGCAGAAUUACGUGGAGGACCUGUCCAUCAAGAAGCAAGAUAAAGCGCUGAUCUAUGCGAAAAGAGCCCGUAACAUCAGAACUGUGUUGAUUGACCCCAAAGAUACGGCGGUGGAGUCAGCUCAAUUUCGGUUCUGGGUCAAAAAGAUGUUCAAACUCCAAACGGUGGGCUCGGAUCAUCGGAAGAUGAUCUGUCAUGAGGGAAAGCCGGUUGCAAUUCGAGAAAAAUUGUUCAAAAUCCUCACCAAGGCCCAUCAACAGUGUCAACAUGGUGGCCGAGACAAGACAUCUGCUCAGGGUGCCCAAGGAACUGAUCUCCCGCUUUGUCAAGAUCUGUCCAACCUGCCAGAGAUGGUCUCGCGCUCCCCCAAACUCCCGUCGCCACCAAUUUCGCGACGAGAAUCAACCUUUGCUGGUCAAAUGCCCCUUGACAGGACGCAAGCGGACUAUUUUGGUCAUCUACACGGUCACGGUGGCUGGCUCGAUGGUCAUCAAAAUGUCCAACAAGGUCGCUCGAAUCUAGGCAACGGAGUUCGGUCGUUCCAUAGUCCCAUGGGCAAUCUUUCACACUCAAUCGCUGGCACCUUGGAUCCCUUCUCCACCGAUCUAUCCAUCCCCCCGUCCCAGUUGAGUUAUACAGCGGGAUAUGUACCGACACAUGGGGCUGCGCCUCAGCGAGAGUUUUGA